UUACCUUAUCCCGCUACAGGUUCAGGUUAUAUUGAACAGCAACUAGUUGACAAGCCGUCUUUUUCGGAAAGAGGCCGUCAGUGUCUGUAGGAUUUAACUCUCUCCAAAGAUGCAGUACUUGUGUGUGAUUAGUUUUCUUGCCUGUUUGCUCCCUGUCACUUUGGGAGCAAAUGUGGAGUUUUGCUACCAUCUACCAUCCUGCAACGAUGCCCAGUGGCCAACCCUGUUCCCUGAUCACUGUAAUGGGAGUCGGCAGUCCCCCAUUGACAUAGUCAGGACGAGUGCCGUGGUCAACUCCAGCCUGGUGGCUUUCACCCUCACUGGCUAUGAUGACACAACAGCCAUGUCCAAGAUCAUGAACAGCAAAGGCAAAACCGUGAAGGUUGAGCUCAACGUGGGUAAGGCGAGUAUGAGUGGCGGUGGCCUGCCUGAGGGCUAUGACGCGCUGCAGUUCCAUCUUCAUUGGGGCAACGGCAGCUCAGUGGGAGGGUCGGAGCACACGGUGGAUGGCCAUCGAUACCCCAUGGAGCUUCAUAUUGUGCAUGUCAAGAAAUCCCACAGUUUGAAUACCACUACAGCCGUUGGUGAUGGCACAGGCUUGGCUGUUCUUGGCUUCCUCAUCGAGGCGGACUCCAGCACAACCAAUCAACCAGCUGCAUGGCAUACGCUUGCCAAUCACCUUCACAACAUCACGCUUAAGGAUCAGUAUGUGAACUUCACCGGUAUCUCCCUGAACGAGCUCAUCAAUGGAGUUGACAUGACGGAGUACUACAGAUACAUGGGCUCUCUCACCACACCUGCCUGCAAUGAGGCCGUCGUCUGGACCGUUUUCAAGAAAAAAAUCAAAAUCAGCAAAAAUCUGAUUGACCUCUUCAGCAACACUGUGCGCAUUGGGAACACCACCUCUUCAGAACUCAUGACCAAUGUCUACCGUAAUGUGCAAGCCCUCAACGGACGUACUGUCCAAUCAACUCCUAUCGCAUACUGCUACGAUGAUGUUACAUGCCAUCCCACCGUGUGGCCGACGCUCUUUGCAUCCCAUUGCAGUGGAGAUCGCCAGUCACCCAUUAACAUCCUGACUAGCGAGGCCGAUGACGACACCAGCCUGGGCUCAUUCUCCUUUACCGGCUUCGAUGACACCGCUGCUAUGUCCAAGAUCAAGAACACUGGCAAAACUGUGAAGAUUGAGUUCAAGAGUGGUACGCUGAGUGUGAGUGGUGGGGGCCUGUCUGAAACCUACAGCACCUUGCAGUUCCAUCUUCACUGGGGCAACCAUAGCACCGUGGCUGGGUCUGAACACACCGUGGAUGGCAAGCAGUACCCUAUGGAGUUGCACAUUGUGAAUGCCAAGGGUUCACACAAUGGGAAUCUAACCAACAUCCUGGCUGACGGCACUGGUCUGGCUGCUCUUGGCUUCUUCAUUGAGGCUGACCCAGACACCACGAACCAGCCAGCUAGUUGGAAGACCCUUACAGACCACCUCUCCAGUAUCACAGAAAAAGAUACCUAUGCAAACAUCACCGGCAUCUCCAUGAAUGACCUCAUCAGUGGCGUCGACCUGACUAAGUACUUCAGGUACAUGGGCUCCCUCACCACACCCGACUGCAAUGAGGCCGUCGUCUGGACCGUUUUUGAGGAGAAAAUCAAAGUCAGCAAAAAUCUGAUCGACCUGUUCAGCUCCACUGUGCUCAUUGGCCACACCGGCUCCUCGUUCGCCGUCAACACAUUCCGCCCCGUGCAGUCUCUCAACAGCCGACAGAUCUUCCGUGCAGCCACUGCCUCCACGUCCUCAGCCCCCUCUUCUACAGCCAAGGCCUCGCUGCCUCUCCUCCUCCUCGGUGCACUGUACGUCGUCCUCCGCACUUGCUAGGAGUCGGGAAAAGCGGGGAUGAUGGGAUGCACUGCCCCAAACCCCAACUCCCCCGAAGGCGGACAAAGAUGCAUCUACAUCGGAUUGAGAAAGUUAAAGUCCUACCAGAUAUUUUGUCUGCCUGUGCUCCCUAACACAGAUGACCUCAGUAAUUAGCUAAUCUACGUGGCUAAAGACAUAGAUAUGAACACUAGAUACCAUCUUCAACCUUCUGGUGUUACCUUACCCUGGGCGACGCCAUCUUGGGCCAGUAACAUGAUAGACGUUACAGCCAGCUACUAGGACAAAGUGUAUUUCGCCUUGUCACUGAUUGAUGAUGGCAGCUUUGACUUUCUGACUUUGUUCCAAUACAAAGGCAUGGUCAAAGCAAUGUCUGGUGUUCAUAUCUAUCAUACCCCCUGAAAAGCCAAAAAAAUCGAUUGAGAAAGUGCUGUCAGAUAUUCCCUGUGCUUGUGUCCCUAACAAAGGCAAUUAAUUAGCUCAUCUAGGCCUACCUGGCAAAAGAGGUGAGGUUAUUGAGGCAUAUAUGGCAUUGAAUUGGCUAGAGAAAAUAUGUGCCUGGGUAUUUACUCUUUAAACCCGGGGCACUUGCAGUGUUUCAUGAUCUCUGGAAGGAUUGGCAAUGUAUGUAUGUACUGUAUUUACUGUACUGUAUAUACUGUAAGUAAAAAGUCUGGUCUUCCUAAACUGUUUUAUCCACUUCAAGAUUACAGUAUAACACGAUUCUGCGUUUAUGUUGAAUAGUUGCAUUCAGGUACUGGGAUGUAAUUUGUUCAAUAAGCAAAGGACACAGAGUCAAAACCAAAAGAUGUGAAAUGACCCCUUUUUUCUGCAUGCUAGAAACGCACAUGCUGCUUAGUACUGUAAGCCUACUUUAUCUCACUUUUUAAUCUUUUGUAUUUAUCCAUUCUGUUUAUUCCAUGUUGAAUGAAGGCCAGCAGACUCUUUGUCAAAAGUGAUUUUCUUUUUGAUUUGACGAGAGGUCUGAAGGACAUUAAGCACAUCAUGUAUGUUAUUUAUAUUUUGAUUUUUGUUCUUAUUGUUUUUGUCAUGAAGUAUGACUCAGGUGAGGUGAAUGAAGAAAACAAAAAAUCUCUUUAUUUUAAUAUAGUCAGAACUGAAUGUCUCUUAUUUUACUGGGCUAUUGUCUGCCCAACAAAUAAACUUGACAAAGCUACAAUUUAUUGAAUAGAAGCUUGAGGGGAAAUUUGAUGAAAUGAAUGUUGAGCUACAGUUUUCAUUACUGACUGUGUUCACGGUUGUUGUUUUGCACAAGGUAAUCCUUUGUCUACUGUGUUCAUCUACUGAGUUUCUUUGUAAUGAAGUAAUUUUGUGUACUGAUGAGCCUUAUCUAAUGUUAAUAAAAGUCUAUGAUUCUA